AUGUCUUCUAAAGUCGCUCUAAUUCUUGGCUCCGGACCUCGAGUGGGUGCGGCAGUGGCUGCAAGUCUCUCCAAGGCUGGCUUUUCGGUAGCUGUGGUUAGCCGCAAGGCAACGGAAGGCACCACCCCCGAAGGAUACACAUCUAUUCAGGGCGACCUGUCGGACCCGGCCUCUGUUCCUACAAUCUUCUCCAAAGUCACCUCUACGCUUGGUACUCCGAGAGUUGUGAUUUACAAUGCGGCUACCCUAACACCGCCUCCAGACCAGGACUCCGUUUUGUCUAUUCCAGCAACCAGUCUGAGUGGUGAUUUAAACACCAACACUGUGACGCCAUAUGCUGCUGCUCAAGAGGCCGUGAAAGGAUUUGCAUCAUUGCCUGCAGGGGCAAACCCCGUCUUUAUCUACACAGGCAAUGCGCUGAAUAACUUGCCCCUGCCUGUCGCACUCAUGACGACACUGGGUGUUGGCAAGUCGGCAACUGCUUAUUGGGUUGCGGUGGCUGAUCAAUUGUAUACUGGAAAGGGAUACCGCUUCUUCUAUGCCGAUCAGCGAAAGGAGGAUGGAAAUAUGGCAGGGAUGGAUCUUGAUGCGGAAGCACACGCCAAUUUCUAUACGCAGCUUGCAGAGGGGAAGACAAAGGAUGUCCCGUGGCUUGCUACAUUCACCAAGAGCAAGGGCUAUGUGAAGCUGUAA